CGCGCAUUUUCCUGUGACCAUACUAGUUACUUAACAACGAAGGCCUGAUCUUCGUGCUCCAUGGUGCACCUUGUUCUGGAGCACUCUGGCAGCUAGAUCUUCAGACACAUCUCGCCGGCACUACAGUAUUCAUGCCACCAACAAUUCGAGUUCAAGGAGCCAGGAAGUGAAUGGCGGCGGUCCUGGAUUGCGGCAAUGGAUCAGGACGGUCUGCUCAGAUGCAUCCUUUCUUCCAAAAAGCCAUAGUGCCGCAUUAUGGCCUUUCUCAUGACGGUUCUCGAUUCGACGUCCCACCAAGGCUUGACGGUAAUCCGCAACCAAAUAGAGACUCGGCUGAUAGCCCACCUUCGGAUUUAUCACCACCGCCGCCUUCGUAUGAUGCACACCGUGUUACCUCCGGUUCUCAAUGCUACCCAAUGACUUCGAAUUAUCGGGAGUCUGGGGCAUCAUCCCUCAGCAACUUCGACGGAAACGCUUUGGAUGAGGAGAGCAGAAGGGCCAAGCGCAGAAAGAUAUUGUUAGAAGCCGACGAAGCAAAAUUUGAAUUCAGCGGGUCUAUCAAUACACACCAGCAAUCAUGGCAAACUCAACUCGAAAACGCCGCUAGACAGGAUCCCGAAUUAGAGGAGCGCCAGGAAGAUUGUCAAGGAUUUAUGGACACAGUACCAGAACAUCCUCGAGGCUAUCCUAAAGAUUUGGUCGCUACCUCUGGACCUCCAAAUACACCUCCGAAUCUGACAUCACUGGUGCAAGUGCAGCAUCCGAUGUUAGAACGCUCAGAUGCUCUCAAGAACGCUGUUUCGGUCGAGGAAAGCAUUUCGACUGAUGAGAAAAAGAUGGCGAUUUCUGGUGAUCAGCCCAAAAUCACUGAUUCCUUAAAUGCAUCAAUCAGACGCUCCCCAAGAACAAAACGGACCGAUGAAGACCGAUCGGAUAAGCCGAGGAGGGCAGCACGGCAGGGCAAGAAGGUUGAGAUGAAGAAUGGCAAAUUCGUAUCCACUCUCCGAGUCAUUUUGACCUACGCGAACAAGGACGCCGGCCAGAAGAUUGACGAAAUACUCUCAGCAGAACCAGCAAAAGCUUCUGGAUCGGUAGUGCCGCAGAAGAAAGGUAGAACUGCCACUGAGAAGAAGGCUACGCACCCUUUCUUUCUGGGGAAAACAGCCGUCAACACCGAUAAGCUACCAUCAGUCAAGAGCGAAACGUCUUCUCUUGCUCCGGCAUCAGAAGAUGAAAUUGCAAUUACGAAAGCGCCCAAACCCUGGAAAGAUAUCGUAUUUACUACCAAAAAGGCAUUCCUGGACAAAUCAGUCAACCUCAUGCCUAGUCUCUGGCCACCAAUCUCACUCCAACGAAUACAGCCAGAAUGUCCCUUCUUAUACGACUCGGCUAUGCUGAGUGAAGUUGCAGCCAUGCCCAAAUCCAAAAAUCGUGAUCUCAUUAUUCCGGUGGAGGAAGAUGCUCUGCACAUAUUUGCCGGACAGCUGAAGGGCAUCUCAGAUCCUUCAGCUUUGGUUGAAGUUCCGACUCGCAAGAUCAUGAGCGGCGAUGAGCUAGCCCUGACUCUCGAUUGUCAUGCUACCACAGCAUAUGGCAGUACCGACCGCCUACAAGCGUUGCGACUACCUCUGAUCAAACGAAUCCGAACUAGACCCAGCCCCUUCGACAUUGGUAAAGCUGCCGGUCCGCACAUGUGGCCUCAAGAAUAUGGUCCUACCUGUUGGCAAGAAGUUCUUCAAGACCAGAGCCAAGUCCUAUACGACUGGCUUAGCAAUUUGCAGGUGCACCAAGUUCAAACAGGUGCACAUAUAUCAAAAGCGAAGCUUCCACCCACGAAGAAGAGACGAAAGAGGAAGACAGAUGGGAUGGAUGAUUUUAUUGCAUAUUCUGAUGACGAUGAUGAUCAGAGCUUUGCCCCGUAUGGAAAGAAUGCCAUUCUAAUAGUUGGACCUUGUGGUUGUGGGAAAACUGCAUCCGUUUACGCCAUUGCUCAACAAUUGGGGUUCGAGGUCUUCGAAUUGCAUCCAGGUAUAAGGCGCAGCGCCAGAGACAUCCAGGAGAAGGUUGGCGACAUGACGCAAAAUCACCUUGUUCAACAAGCUGAUUCGCAAAGUCGAAGAUCAAGUGUGUCCUCGGCAGCUCCAGGAACAUCUCUGGCGUCAGAACCAGUUUCGACAAAUCAACAAUCGAUAGCAAGUCUCUGGGGAAUGUCAAAAGGAUUGAAGCAGAAAGAAAUGACAGACAACAAGCAGGAGACCAAAGUGCGGUCACAAAAGCAAUCACUCAUCCUCUUUGAAGAAGUCGACAUCCUUUUCGAAGAGGACAAAGGAUUUUGGUCGGGUGUACAGUCUCUUAUCAGCAGCUCGAAAAGGCCGGUCAUCAUGACCUGUAACAGCCUUGAAUCGGUUCCACUUGACGAGCUUGAUCUUUUUACGGUAUUGGCUUUUGACAGACCUCAACCCGUCCUUGCUGUGGACCACCUUCAAAGCAUAGCAGCAGCUGAAGGCCACUUACUGAACAGAGAUUCUAUUGAAAGACUAUACGCCAGCAAAGGGCAUGAUCUGCGUGCAUCUAUAACUGAGCUCAAUCUUUGGUGUCAGAUGACGGUAGGAUCAACGCAAGGUGGUCUCGACUGGAUGCUCCCAUGCAAUAUGAAGGCACGAUCGAAUCAGGACGACUCUGUACUUCGUAUCAUAAGUCAGGAUACUUUCACGACCGGACUUGACCUAUUACCUAAUGGCCACAGUGAUAUGGAGGACAUGGUUCGACUCACGCAAGACAGUCUGGAAGUUCCGGCAGUUGAUUGGAUCCGGGAUGAGAUUCCUGUCGAAGACACUGAUGAGCGACGUCUUGAGACCCUUGACGCCAUGCUCUCCAUUUCUGAAAUAAGGAGUACUAUGGACUUACUUGGUCCCUAUACGUCGCCUAUCCUGGCUACUUUCAUACCGACGACAUCAGGCGGCGAGAAAAGAAAGACCCCAAGGGAGAAGGCCGUUGACUCGGUCGUAGAGCGCUUGACACAAAAGCGCAUGUCCAGACUCGACGUCACUGAUGCCUUUGAGAUGUUGAUGGAGGACUACAGGAUCGCGUUACCAACUGCACCAGGUCGCAAGGCCCCUUCACUCGACAAUGCCGCUCAGUCUGUAGUGACUGAUGUAGCGCCAUACGUGCGAAAUAUCGUCUCACAUGAACAGAGACUGGAACAGAUCCGUCAUGAACUCAACGGUGGGUCACAGGUCAAACGACAACGCAAGACUCGAGCAGCGAGAGCUGCUCUGGAAGGUGGAAAUAAGGGUACUACUCGUCGUGAUAGGUGGUUCCCAGACGGUCUUGAUUUCUCGGCGGUUCUUGCGACAGGAAAUGCCUGGCCUCAGUUGAAGCCAGAGGAGUCGUAUUCCGGCCCGGAUACGCCGGCGUCCUCCAUAACCACCGACCCAGAGGCUGAUCUCGUGGGACCGGGUCGGCUUUGAGCCAUGAAGUACCU